UCUCAUAAUGUUACUUUUUUUCAUAAUGUUAUGACUUUAUUAUUGCAAUGUUACGACUUAAUUCUCGUAAGUUUACGACCCUAUUCUCACAAUAUUACGACUUCAGUGGCAUGCACAGACAUUUUGGGGGGCAGGUGCUCAGUGAAAAAUAAGGGCACUGUGUGGCAUGUGGAACUAUCAGCUGUUUUAUUAUAGCAGUGAGAGAUUAUAAAAAAACAUUACAGGCACUGUGGCACAUGUUCAAUGUAAUUAAAUAUUUAUUUAUGUCAACAUGUUAAGAACUAAAGGUGUCAGAACUGUCAGUGUCAUGAGUCAGUGAAGAGUGAGCAUUGCCACUCUUGGCAAUGCUCACUGUGACAAUAUUGUCACACGCUUUUAAUCAUCGAGAAUUUAUAGAUGAUCAUGUCAGCAUGGGCCACAUACACUGUUUAAAAUAACAACAAACUUUCAAAAGGCCACUUGCUUGGUCCAGAGGGCAACGGCAGGUGCUAUAGCACCGCCUAGUUUCUACCUGUGCACGCUACUGAUUCUCAUAAUAUUAUGACUUCAUUCUCACAAUGUUACGACUUUAUUCUCACAAUAUUAUGACUUUAUUCUCGUAAUAUUGUGAAUGUAUUCUCAUAUGACUACUUUAUUCUUCAUGAGAUAUUUGGUCAGAUUGAUCUGAAAACGAUGCUGAAUUAGCUAUAAUAAUAUGUUUAUCAUGUACAGAAUCACCUCCUGUGUCUUUGAUGCUAAAAGUAAAAUUUACACCAGCAACUUCUAAAGCUUUGAUGUUUUGUUCCUACUGUUACAACGGAAUGAUCGACACUCCAGUGCAAAAAUGGAGGAGACUUCCGCUAAUGCACGAGACAUCGUGAGACGCCGUCACCAUGACAACACCAAACUCCGACAGCGAACACAAAAUGACGUCGUUGCAGGAGGACGUGUUUAAUCGCGUGUUGAGCGCAGACUUGUGGGGUUUAUCCAAGUGUUUUGAGAGUAAAUUCGAGCCGCAGGAGAACAACGCGUUUGACAAGAAGGACGAACUGGGCAGAAAUGCUCUGUUAACGGCCUCCAUGUUGGGAAGAAGCGCCAUCGUCCGAGAGCUCGUCAGACACGGAGCUCAGGUGAACGAGCAGACCGUCAGAGGUUACUCAUCGCUGCACCUCGCUACCUGUUGGGGCCACUUGGACACAGUGAGGACUCUGCUUGAACUGAACGCUGACACAGAGUCCAGGACCUUCAGAGGGGAGAGACCAUUGGACCUGGCCAGGAGACACUCCAGGACUGACUGCAUCGACUGUCUGAUCCUGGCAGAUGCUAAACAGGACUUUGAGUCGUAUGUCUCCUUUAUUAAGGACACAAUUUCGGUUUCAGAGAAGAAACUCUCAAAGGAGGACAAGAACACGUGUAUGCGAGUGUGCAGCAUCAAGUCAGAGUGGAUUCAGAGCAUCAAGAGCCCGACAGUGUCAGACUUCACGGCCCAGAGGGAAGACAUGAAGGAAACUCUUCAGCCCAUCCUCAACAAGCUGUCAGCAGCUUUACCAUGAGUGACGACUUAUUAUUAUUAUUAUUAUCUCUGCACAGAGGGAGAUUUCAGGGCCAGUUCAGUUAUAUUUUUGCAGUGUCUGAGCUUCUCCGCUUGCUAAUCCUGGUGUGAAGCUUUGAAACACAGGAAUGUGGUCAAAGAUGGACGCACUGUGUUAUAAAUACAGAGUUUUAAUUCCUUUUUUUCUCUCUUUGCUUAUUGUAUAUAUGGAAGAUUAAUAAAGCUGCUCAAUUAUGCAAGAAGUUGAAAUUCUGAUUCUCUCUGCAGGUCUCUAUUGUGAAGAUAUUCACUGGUCACAUAGCAACGCUUUUAUAAAUGAGCUGCAGUAAAAAAAAAACCUCAAGUUUUAUUAUGAAAUUAAUAAUUA